AUGGCUCCCCCAAAAAAGAACGCUAUUAAGAUGGACUUGACGUCCUUUUUGAACGACGAUUCAUUUGGCGACUCCUGGGCGGACGACCAGGUGGAUCUAAACAACAUCAACCUGCCCAUCCAGAAUGUGGCGGCGUCCAAUACGAUCCCUCUGGAGCAGCUAGGCAGUGCUGCGAUGGGCAAGGGUGGUCAUUUGGACAGCGCCUUAGGGUCAAAGCGCGAACGCGUGGAGUACCCAGUGCCUAAUGCGCCUCCCUACCGUGCGCGUAUCAGCAACCUUCCUUGGGAUGUGUCCGAGGAGGGUGUUCAUGCGUGGACCGAGGAUAUGCUUGAAAGACCUGGCUGCGUGGAAAAAGUAAUUGCUCCUAAAGACCAAGAUUCCGACCGCCUAAAAGGGUGGGCCUUCGUCACUUUCCGCGAGCGCGACGACCUGGUCAAGUCGCUAACGCUGAACGCCACGAAGCUGAAUGACAGGACUGUGUACGUGGCCGUUGCCGCUCCUAAGGACGGGGUCUUCGACGAGUCCAACUGGAAUGGCGCCAGAGGUGCCAACUUCCAAGCCUCUGGCGAAGACCCAGUGGAUCUAGACUGGGGUGCUGUCCGCGGUUCAAACUACCAUCCCUCCGAACGCAAGCCUAGACGCGAGGAUCCUGACUUGGACUGGACCACGAGCAGAGGUUCUAACUUUAGACCAUCUGAACACAAACCAGCACAACAAGAGUCGGAUGUGCCCUGGUCUGUGGCUAAAGGCUACAACUUCCAAUCCUCUGAGCGCAAAGUUAGACAUGAAGAACCAGACAUCGACUGGACUGUUGCUAGAGGUUCCAACUAUCAGUCGCGUGAACGGAAGCCAAGAUCAGAUGAGCCAGAUCUGGAUUGGGGCGCUGCCAAGGGUUCUCACUACCAAGCCGCCAAGAGCAGGCCAAAGCGGAACGGACACGAGCUAAAUUUGGGCGCGGCCCGUUCUGCCAAGGCGGCUCCUCAAGUCGCCCGCAAAUCCACCACGCCAGCUUUGAAGGAGGAUACACCACGCAUCCAGAAGUCUUCGUAUGACAUCUUGAAUGUCGAGUCGGACUCUGAGCACGAUGCCGAAACUAGCGGGCAAAACUCCCAGCCAGAUGACGACGUGGCUCAUCUGGAGAAGGCUGCGCAGAAUUUGACUUUAGAAGAAGAUGGCGAGUGGGAGGUGGUCGGCAAAAAGCAGUGA